AUGAGAUAACGAAGUGGUUAGAUAUUGUCACCAGCCAAAGUAAUUCAAAACUUUUAAAUGAGUACUAAGAAUUACACUAGUAAAAAUGCUUCCUAAUCUCCUUUAAAAUUUAUGCAAAGGAAUUUAUCACAAAUUAUAUUGAAGGACUUGGCAAAACAUGAUUCAAGUCGUAAAGUCAAUCAUGGGAGUAUUACUGAUAGAGUGCAUAGUCAAUAGCGAUCCAACUCAAGAGAUAAAGUUAAACCACAAACGAAAUAAGCAAAAGUUCCAACCGAAACCAACCUUCCUUUUUAAUAACUAUCCAAAGGAAUCAAUUUAAUUUUGAACCAAAAACUAACAAACAAAAAUAAAUUGAUUUUAGAAAAAGGAUCUAUGACUCGUAGAAAUAGCGCUGAAGAUUUGUUAACCAAUUCAGUUUAGAUAGGAGGUAAAUCUUCAUCCAUAGACAAACUACCAAAAUAAGAAAUUUAGAUUUAUGUUCAUUAUUCAUCAGAACUCACUCAAAAUUUUAAAUUCUGUGCUAGCGUAACUACAGACAAAGUUUUAAAUGCUCUAAAAAAUAAGACUGGAAACUAUUAGGUUGUGGGAUUCGCAACUUUAGAUGAGAAUAUUGGAUUUGAUUAUUAUCUUACAAUUCCUUUUUUGCCAUUGACUCAUAUGGUAGGCAAAACCAUUCGUCUGAAACCUAUAAUGGGAAUAUCGCCUCCAAAACAAUUGAAUUUAAGUUGCUUCUAAUUUCUGCAUGUCAUAGGGAAAGGGGGAUUCUCAACAGUUAUAUUGUCUCGAUCCCUACUUGAUGGCAAUUUUAUUGCACUCAAGUUAAUUAGCAAAACAUUUGUAGUACAAAAUGAAAAACAGGACUUGGUCUAGAAUGAAAGAGACAUAUUAAUAGAAACCACUAAUAAAGGUUCUUUAUUUACAUCCAAAAUUGAAUUUGCAUUUGAAACUAAAAAUUGGAUCAUAUUUGGUAUAGAAUUCUGUCCAGGAGGAGAAAUGUUUAGUUAUAUGAAAAGAGUCUAAAAGAUGACUGAGUCCUAAGCUAGAUUCUACAUCACAGAAGUUUGCCUUGCUUUGGGAUUCUUACAUCAUCAAUAAAUUAUUUAUAGGGAUCUAAAACCAGAAAAUGUUCUAAUUGAUAUUACAGGGCAUAUUCAAUUGGCUGAUUUCGGACUCGCUAGACCAAACAUGCAACCUGAAUAAAAUGCAUACUCAUUUUGUGGCUCUCCAGAAUAUAUGGCUCCAGAAAUGUUUCAUAAUGAUGGUCACAAUAAUAUGGUUGACUACUAUUGCUUAGGAGCAUUGCUCUAUGAAUUUGUUACAGGACUCCCUCCAUUCUAUUGUGAGGACAAGAACAUCAUUUAUACAAGAUUGCUUAACGAAUAAGUCUAAUUUCCUAAGAAAUUAAGUCCAGAAGUCAAAGAUCUAAUUAAAUUGCUUAUGAUUAAGGAUCCGAAUAAAAGAUUAGGAUCAAAAAAUGGAGUUGAUGACAUUUUAGCACAUCCUUGGUUUUAGGAUAUAGAUAUUGCAAAAUACAUUCAAAAAUAAAUUGAUCCUCCUUAUAUUCCUGAUCUAACGAAAUUAUAAUUCAAAUCACCAACCACAAAUGAUAGAAUUCUAUUCGAACAAUUAAAUCGAGAACAAAAAUUAAUCAAUCAAUUUAAACCAAUGUUUGACACUGCAUUCUUUUAUCAAUUGAAAAGAUAUCAAUGUUAUGAAUUUGAUAAAAAUUCAUCAACGUAGGUGACAAAGGACACUAUUGAUUCUAUGGUGAGAAAAAGAACUAAAAAUUCUCAGAAUAGUUAAUAAUCCUUGUUAUCCCAACAAUCACAGUCAUAGUUAUCCUCAGUAUUAUGUUCUAAUGAAACCCUUAGAAAUACUAAAAGCGUAACAAAUCUAAAAUUUUAUUAAAAUUUAUUAACUGAACCAUCUAGGAAAUGA